UUCCGAUAAUACCUUCAUGGGACAGAGGACUUCAGCCGUCAGGCCGCAUGCUGCCGAUACCUAUGUGCCCUUUCCUUCCCUCCCUGCUGCUUUUGUUCGUGCCGUCUGAUGCAUUCGUUCCAAGGCGUCCGCUACUGUCGUCAUCCCACCAUGCGGCUCGGCGGUGCUGCUCCCGUAGAUCCCUCGUGUCGAUGGACGGCGAACAAGAUCAGAUCCCGAAGCCGCCGGUGCGCCACGACCCCAACAUCCCCCCCGGGUCCCAGCGGAUACCGCUGUACCCCGCCCACAGGCGGACGCCGUGGAACUCGUACAACUAUGACUUCUGCAAGGGCAUGAGGAUCCCCGACCUCGAGAGGAAGCCACCGGAGGAGAGGAAGAUGCCCAUCAGGUACCACCCCCUGACCGGCGAGGAGCUGCCCGGCCCUCGGUUCAUGGCCGUGCCGCCCGAGAUCUUCGCCCUCGACUUCGACGGGGUCAUCUGCACCAGCCACAAGGAGAGCAUGCUGUCGGCUUAUGCUGCGUGCAAGGCUCUGUGGCCUGAGAGGUUUCGCUGGGACACGAUGCCCUUCUGGCUGAUGGAACGGGUGCGUCACGCCCGGCCGGUGAUCGAGACGGGCUAUGAGACGCUGCUGGUGAUGCGGUGGCUGGUGGAGGAGAUGCUGGCGGUAGAGGAGCAGUACGGCUACAGCAUCGACGACAAACCCAUGUACUUCCCGUGGCGAGUGCGCAUGCUGGAGAGCGAGUGGGGUCCGGCCUUCCGGGACGGUCUGAUGGACAGAUACGGCGCUUCGAAAGAGGAGCUCAUGGCUGCUUUCAGCAGCGCGCGUGACGAGUGGAUUGCCCGCAACGUGACUGACUGGCUGGCGCACAACGACUUCAACUACGGCAUGAUCGACAUCAUCCGCUACGUGACCGAGAUCUUCGAGAAGAAGGUGCACAUCGUGUCGACCAAGCAGGACAAGUACAUCCGGCUGCUGCUCGAACACGCCGGCCUCAACGUGUCACUUGCCGCGGGGCUUAUCGAGAUCUACGGCCUGGGUCAGGGGAGCAAGCCAGACAUUCUAUACAACUUGCAGCAGGAGCAGGGCAUCCAAGGCGUGCCCAUGCACUUCGUUGAGGACCGCCUUGAAACCCUUCUCCAGUGCGCAGCCGACCCGCGGCUGGACUUGGCCCGGCUGUAUUUCGCCAAGUGGGGCUACUCGAACGCCGAUCAGAAGCUGCUGGCCAUCGAGCACCCCCGGGUUCGGUGCGUCAACACCGUGGAGAUGAUCGCACUCAUGUGUUUCCCCGCCGACACGCCCGGCCGCAAGUGGAUAUGGGGGUAUGAGACCCCUCCUCGGGUGCCAUUUGGGAUGGAGCUGGUGGGCAUGUCUGGCGGGUACGGGUCUUGGGAAAGCAACCCCGACACGAUGAACGAGGAGGUGGACCGAGACGUGCGGUGGGACCCCUUCAGAGGCAUCGGCAGCACAAUGAAUGAGGAAUGGAUCGGCGGCACUUGACCGAUGGAUCGCCGGGUCGCGGGGAGUGAGUGAGUGGAUGGCAGACAGACAGAUGCGUGAGAAGAUAUGAAGGAAGGAAGCUAGCUGGAAUUGAUUGCAUGCCAUAUGAGUGUUUGCCUUGCCAGUCAGCUGCCCUUUUCUGGGUGUUAAGAAGCGUUCCUGGCAGCGUUGCCUGAGAGGACCAAGGAGGCUUUUAAUGCUUCUUCUUUCUGUAGAGGUAUCUAGAUAGCUACUGCAGUCAGUGUGGGGGGCGAGGGCGGGAGGCUCUAAGACCGUCUACAUGAAGAGACAUAAGGCAUUGGUGAACGGAUGUGAUGUCGAGUGAAGAUGUGUUGCGUCAAUGUAAUGGAGCCGGAAGAGCUGCAAUCUGGCCGGAGAGGGGGAGACGGACAGCAAAGGGCUG